GUGCUUAAGACGCGACCGAAUCGACAACGACGACUGACGCGGUUUCUAGAGGAUCAGCGCGGGUGUAAACGCGUCUUUCGGAGGUCUCCGGCGGAACGGAGCGACAUAUGAAGCGCGUCUUGAAGUUUUCGCGAGGAGGAAGGUCGGUGUUUGUAUCUCCCUCGUUAAAGUCUCCGUGGAUUGAGAAGAGACUUUUACCGCAGCGUGACACCGUGUAUCAUCGAGUGUGCGCGUCGUUGUAUCGCCUGUGUCGUCGCGUUUGGAAACAAUGAAACAUUUGCCGCAUCUUCUCAGCGGAUUUCUGAGGGACGGAGUGGCGUGUUGUGACACUUAGUUGCAUGUUGGAUUGUGUGUGCAUGCUGUCUGCCGUGUAACAUCGUAACAUUCCCUCCGACUGCAUGCUACUCGUGCGUGUCCGCCGUUAACGCCACCAUGGGCCAAAACUCUGAUAACCCCCCGAUUCUCUCCUCCAAGAAGCGCCGCGGCUGCAAGCGUGACUCCGGCUCCGAUCCGCGGCGAGACGUGGAGCGCCUCCGCGCGGCGUUAGAGGUGGAGCGCAGCCGAAACCAGCAGGCCCACCGGCGCUUCUCUCUGGAGCUGCGGAGGCAACGCGAGGAGGCCCGCGAGGAGAGGGAGCGAGCUCUGAGGGAGCUGACCUACAGACACGAGCAGCAGAAGACGCUGGAGCUGCUCAGGCAGCGGGAGACUCUGGGCCGGGAGCGCGCGGCGGAGGUCCGGCGUCUGCUGCGCUGGCGGAGUCAGGAGUUGAAACGUAGCGAGAACUUGACGCUCAGGCAAACCCAGGAAGUUCAUCGCCAGCUAGCGGACGAGAUCGCGGGCGGAUCUGCCUUUCGAGGUCUCAAACCUGGAUGCAACGGCAACGGGGCGGCGUAUCGCAGACUCGAGGAACUCUUAAAGACUCUGCUUGCUAGGUCGGAUGGACGGCAGGUCGCCGCGCUUCGGCGUCUCCAGCAGGAAGUGGAGUUAGAAAAGAGCUACUUCCUGUGCCACCUGCUGGAAGCGCAUAGCGAGACGUCCCGCGUCGUGAAACUAUCCAGACCGAGGUCGAAGAGUUGCGUGCAUCCGCUCCCACAAGGAACGCUCGCUCUGUUCCGGUCUCGUUCGCUGUCCCAGACGUCCCGAAGCGAUUCUUCUCAACCUAUGAAGAAGAAAAAGAAGCAGGAGUGCGAAACGUCUCCUCUCAGCUCAUCUCCGACCGAGGAUGGAGAUCUUCUAGAGGAGCCGUGCUCAUCUGAUGAAGGGUUGGAGAAGUGCUCACCGUACAGAUGUUCAGAAGACAAUAUGGAUGAUCUGAAUGGCAGGGACUACGGGUUCCUCGUGAGGCAGAACUCAGAGCUGCUUCGGGCGCUGGAGGAGAUGGAGAAGUCCUGCAGCACUCUCAGAGAGGAGAACAGGAUACUGAGGAAGAGCAGUUCUCCAGAGACGGAGGAGAAGGUGAAGAGGCUGAGGAAGAAGAACACCGAACUCGCCGUCAUCGCCAAACGUCUGGAGGAGAGAGCGAGGAAACUACAGGAAGCCAACCUCAAAGUGGUGAACAGCCCGAUGCCGGUGAAGGCGGGUGCUGUGGAGCAGUACAAGCGUGCGUUCGCCCGUCAGAGAGCCCGGGACCUGGCGCAGCACGCAGACACGCUGCUGUGUAAAGACAAACAGAUCGCAGCGCUGCAGCACGAGUGCAGACAGCUGGAGACGCAGCUGGGACCGGCCAAGGGUCCUGUGGGAGUGGGUGAGUUUGAGCGUCUCCUGAAGGAGUCUCAGAAGGAGGUGUUACGUCUGCAGAGACAGCUGUCUGUCACCUCCACCAGAGACCAGAGCAGCUCCGCCACAGAAAACCCUUCAGAGAGCCAGGACCGAGACGCCAGGGUUGCGUUUGAAACCCCGCCCACAGUAGUAGUAGAUGAGGCCCCUGUUAAAGGGGAGGAGACUCCUGCAGAGGGGGAGGAGUCAGAAGCACAAGUGAAGCCUGAACAGGGCACAGGCUCCACCCACCAGGAAGAGCAGACCACAGAAGAGCGUCUUCAGUUGCUGGAAAGUGAGUUGGGCAAGAAGAGGAAAGAAUGUGAAGUUCUUGAGCAUGAGGUGCGGAAGAGACAGAAACGAUGUCUCGAUUUGGAGAACCAGCUAGUGGAUGAGCGAAGCAGAAAUGAGCACUUAGUGGAGGAGGCAGAACUCCUCAGGAGAAAGGCUCAGCUGCUCGACCAGUCGCAGGCUGAAAAUGAGGAGCUAAAGGAACAGCUCUGUGUUUUGAACGCGCAGCAUAGUUCAGUUCUGGAGGAGAACCAGCGACUCCGUGCAAAGCUGGAGAACCUAGAGCAGGUCCUAAAGCACAUGCGAGAGGUCGCCGAGCGCAGGCAGCAGCUGGAACUGGAGCAUGAGCAGGCACUUGCUAUCCUCAAGUUCAAACAGGAUGAAAUCAAGCGACUCCAGCGGGCUCAGUUAUUUGCUAAAAGAGAACAUGAAGGGGUCGUGCAGAUGCUGGAGGAUCUGGUGCAGCUCGUAUUGCACAGAGAGCUGGCAAAAGUUCGGGAGCUGGAGGAGAAAUGCCGCAGUCAGAGCGAGCAGUUUGGGAUGCUGUCACAGGAACUGGACAAAUUCAGAGUUCAGGCCUCAAAGAUUGACCUGUCGGGCCCCGGCCUGCUGUCCAGCCCCAGCCUGACCCAGCUGACCAAUGGGGUCGUCCUGUCUGGUGAGACCGGCACAAACGCCUCAUGGGAAGACAUCGCGUUCUGGAGUUUGGAGGGUAAUGAAGCCCUCUGUGACGCCUCUGAGCCUGAUGUGGCUGCGGUUUUGCGGACGGGCUCCACUCCACACGCAGCUGAACUGUCUCGACCCGAACGCUCACCGACCGUCAAACACCGAGAGCUGCCUGCCAUCAGUGUGAAGUCCGGCUCCACGUCCAGCCCUACGCCCCCCAGAUCUGAGACCACUCACCUCUCACCCAAAUCUGCUGGAUCUCACCCGGCCAGCCCCCGAAAGGCCAGCCCUACACAUGAGGUGGACACUGCUAGUGAAGUUGAGGAGCUGGAUAUUGAUGUUUCUCCAACGCCGUAUUUGGUCAGUAAAGGAGCAGCGAAACUCCAGGUCUUCAUCGCGCGGUACAGUUACAAUCCCUAUGAUGGUCCUAAUGAUAACCCAGAGGUCGAGUUGCCCCUCACAGCAGGAGAGUACAUUUACGUCUAUGGAGACAUGGAUGAUGAUGGCUUUUAUGAGGGCGAGCUGAUGGACGGCAGAAGAGGCCUCGUUCCCUCCAACUUUGUGGAGCGAGUGUCGGACGAUGACUUCAUGAGCUCACACCCUCACCAGGCCGGCGAUAUGUCCCAUAAUUCCUUCCAGGAGAGCAGCUUCCACAGCGGUAGUGAGCGGCUGCACCAACACCACUUACGCUUCGCCCACAGCGCCUCCGAGAGGACAGAGACCUCCACGACAGCCUCGGCUCCUCCUGACAAUGCCAAAGCGAACCCCGCUAACCCUGCCCUGGCCGUCCCGCUCACCAACGGCUUAGACUUGGAUCUAGAGGAGGUUGGGGUGGACACUGUGCCUUACCCCCGCAAGCUAGCACUAAUCAAGCAGUUAGCCAAGAGUGUCAUCAUCGGCUGGGAGUCUCCGCUUGUCCCGGCCGGCUGGGGUUCUGUGUUUAGCUAUAACGUCUACGUGGACCACGAGUUGCGACUCAAUGUGCCAUUUGGUACCCAAACGAAAGCCGUCCUGGAGAGGCUGGAUUUGGCGCAGAAGGCGUAUCGGAUUGCGGUGCAGUGCCUGACGGAGCGAGGCAACUCGGAUCAGCUGCGUUGCAGUGUGCUAGUCGGACGGGACGUGAGCGUAGCGCCGACUCACCUGCGCGUUGAACGCAUAACGGCUACCUCAGCCAGCCUAACCUGGCUGCCUAGCAACAGUAACUAUGUGCACAUUGUGUCUUUGAACGACGAGGAGUGUGAGCUGGUAAAGGCGGGAUGCUAUUCACUGUGCCUCAGCAACCUCACACCUAACAUGCAAUAUAACGUUAAAGUGGAGGCCAGGCCGCACCGCACAGCCUGGGAACUACCGCCGGAGUGCCGAGAACGCAAAACCACAGUGACCUCGUUCACAACCCUGACUGCAGGUCCUCCUGAUGCUCCUCUGGAUGUACAGUUGGAGCAGGGCCCAUCUCCAGGAAUAGCUCAGAUAAGCUGGCUGCCUGUUACUAUAGAUGCCGCUGGGACGUCCAAUGGUGUACGAGUCACUGGCUACACCAUCUAUGCUGACAAGAAGAAGGUAUUAGAGGUGUCGUCACCCACAGCAGGCAGUGCUUUGAUUGGUCCAUCUCAGAUCCAAACAUUACAGGCGGCCCAUGAGCUCACCGUGCGGACCAUGUCAGCUUAUGGUGAGUCGGUGGACUCAUUGCCGGUGAAUGUGCCCGCCAAAUUGCCUGCCAUCAUGUCCGGUGCCUCAUUGCCUCAAUGCCAGUCUGUGCCAGCCACCGCCAGUGUCCUCACGGCCAGUGCCAACCCAGAUCCUGCUGUCUGUGCCACAUCUCUCUCUGCUGCCAAAAUGCCCAUUCUGCCACACUCUGCUACACUGGACGAACACGCCACUGGUCCUGUUCGGGGAGUCUAUGUCAAUACACCAAAUGCAACCACUCGUGAGGCAUCUCCUGCUUCCUAUGUAGAAGCCUGGGCAAACCCAACAUCAGCUCCAUCCAUGCCAGCACAGCAGGCACUUUCGCUAUGUGCCUCACAUACUAAUUCAGCGGUGAGUGUAUCUACACCCAUGGUUACACCUGUACACUCGAUCGUGCCUGUUUCUGUUGCUACACCAACAUCCAUGGCCGUACCUAUUCCCUUGACCACACCGGGACCCAUGCCAACAUCAGUGUCCAUGGUGGUGCCAUGUCCUGUAGUCGUGCCGGCACCAACCACCAUGCCUGUGUCCAUGUCUGCGCCUAUAUCUGCACCUACACCUGCACCUAUUGUUGUACCUGCAUCAGUGUCAGCACAGUCCAGUGUGGCUCCCGCUGUGCAGAACCCAAGCAGAGAGACAGACAGCCCAGGAGGCCUGCGACCUGUUGCCUCCCUCUCUGAUUUCUUGGAGGACCCACGUGCCAAACUUCACACUCCACCACCACCCAGUACCACCUGCCCCAAAGUCAACAUCCCAGGAAAGGACCCUCUUGAUAUCCCAGAUACGCACCCACUGAGACCUCCCAAUCCAUCACCCUUUGAGUCAGAGCCUGAGGAGGACAGGGAAAACACCAGGCUUGUGUCCAUUGAGGAGUUUCUGCGGCCUGUCCCUCAACCUCGAAUAAAGGUCUAUGCUGGUGGUCUUAUGGAUCCUCCCCCAGAUUACCAUGGGGAGAGCAGUCGGUCUGAUCUGUCUGAUAUACUGGAAGAAGAGGAGGAAGAUCUGUACUCUGAACCUACCAAUGACAUCUGCAGAGGUUACAGUACAGCUCCUAUGGGCAGGUCUGAAAUGUGGGAGCCUGACAGCGAUGAAGAAAUUUUGGAGAGGAUUAUAAAGCUCCCCCCUCAAGCCUACCACAACAAGCAGCUCUUUAGCAUCCCUGAAGUCACAGAAGAAGAAGACAACACUGAAUCUGAACCCCACACUAGGCCUUCUCCAGGCCGAACUACUUCUGGCAAGGGCCGCCAGAGUGGAAAUGAGAGUCGCCGACAUUCCCCUCACCAUCAUAAUCAAGGACAUAAAAUGGAAUCUGAUUCAUCUGUAUUGAGGUACAAAGGGACUGCACCAGUCAGGACUAGACCUAGAGUGCACUAUGCUGACACGGUGGACACCAUCAACUAUCUGGAUGAGGAGGAGGUGGAGUUGGACUCUGACAGUAGCCUGUACGCUGGGCCUAGUUCUGUAAGUGUAGCUGCACGCCGCACACCACAAAAAGGCCAUGGAGACCGACUCAGGAGAGAGGCCUUGCUUCGUAGCCAGAUGACUUCAGGAUCAGGGCAGGGAGCGUAUUUACUUAGCAAGACCAUACACCGUGUGAAAUCACCCACUGGACCCUCAACAGAGAUUGACGUAGAGUAUGGAACCGAUAAUGAUGAGGAGCCACAGCUGUUUGAUCCUGGAGAAGUGGUGUUAGAACAAAUGAGCUCGGAGUGGUGGGUUGAAGGUAGUAACAAUGAGUACCACCAUUUGCCCUCGACAUGCAGACCCCAGCCAGAGCUGCCCCAAAGCAGCCGCUCAUGGGAGGCAGCUGGAAGAGACGCAUCGUUGGCAGAUCCAGGUGCAGUGUGGUGCGAUGUCACUCCAAAAUCGACACGCUCUGAAAUUAGACUACAUAGAGAGCCCAGAGCAUGUGGAGAAAAUGAGGUGAGAGUCUUUGUUGCCCUCUUCCCGUACGAUCCUGCAGUCAUGUCACCCAAUCCUGAUGCCGCUGAAGAGGAGCUUCCUUUUAAAGAGGGACAGAUUAUCAAGGUUUAUGGGGACAAAGAUGCAGAUGGUUUCUACCGAGGUGAGGCGGCUGGCCGUCGUGGCUAUGUGCCGUGUAAUAUGGUUUCAGAGAUCCAGGUUGAUGAUGAGGAGACCAGAGACCAGCUCCUGAUGCAGGGCUUCCUCUCCACAGAGGCGUCCAUGGAAAAGAUAGACGCCCGCUUACAUGCACAGCUUCCACGCCGCCCCGCUGCACCGCCGAAACCUAGACGCUCCAAGAAAGUGGAGUCGGCUGCGGUGUGGGACGACACGUCCGCUCCGGACUCCUCCAGUCAAGACCUCAGCCGCUCCGCCGGUCCGAUGGGAAGCUCCAGACCUCGCAGGAUGGUGGCCAUCUUUGACUACGACCCCAGAGAGAGCUCUCCUAACGCAGACAUAGAGGCCGAACUGACCUUCAGCGCGGGGGACAUCAUCUAUGUGUUCGGAGACAUGGACGACGACGGCUUCUAUUACGGGGAUCUAAACGGACAAAAAGGCCUUGUGCCGUCCAACUUCCUGCAAGCUUUUCCAGAGACGGAAGACGAUGCUGCACGGACGGAGCACACGGUGACGGAGAGCCGCAGGGAUUCACAGAAGCACAGGAGAGGUGUUCACUUUAAACAGUGACCGUAAGUGUUUCAUAGACCUGACCCGACCUGCAGCAAACCCUCUCUAGCUUCUUAAGAUCUAAAGACUCUGAGAGUCUGCAUCAUAGAAUCAGUGCACAUGCUUUAAAGAGUUAGCGUACUCAAAAAACUAUGUUGUUUAUGUCUUCUUCUUCUUCUUCUUUUUUUUUUUUUUAAACCUGUCUGGCUUUUCCCUGUGAGUUUUUAGUGUUUAAGUUGUC